GAAGUACGAGGGUUGUAAUUUUCUAAGACAGAGAUUAGUAUUAGCUACUUUGAGUGGUAAAUCGGUAAAAAUAUCAAAAAUAAGAAAUAAAGAUGAUGAUCCUGGUUUGAAAGAUUUUGAAGCUAGUCUUGUUCGUCUUCUGGACAAACUUACAAAUGGAUCAAGAAUUGAAGUCAAUGAAACAGGUGGAUAUAAUAAGAACAGUGACCUUACCUCUGAUGUCCAAAUUUGGAAUAGGUGAAGGUCUAGAACUGAAGGUCACACGGCGAGGAGCAAAACCAAAUGGAGGUGGAGAAGUCAUUUUCAAAUGUCCAGUUCGUAGGAAGCUAUUACCCUUACAAUUUAUUAAGCCUGGUAAAAUUAAAAGAAUUCGUGGAGUUGCCUAUGCUAUGAGGGUUUCACCAGCAAUGUCUAAUCGCAUUGUUGAUGCAACUCGAGGUGUUCUCAAUCAGUUUGUACCUGACAUUUAUAUAUAUACAGAUCAUAUGAAAGGGGCUCAGUCAGGAAAGUCACCUGGAUUUGGACUGUCUUUAGUUGCUGAGACAACAGAAGGCAGUUUUAUUAGUGCAGAGAUGUCAUCCAAUCAACCUGGCCAGGAGCCGUCGAUACCAGAGGACAUUGGAAGGCAGACAGCUCAGCUGCUGCUUGAAGAAAUUUACAGAGGUGGCUGUGUUGACUCUAGACAUCAAAGCUUAGCCUUGUUAUUUAUGGCACUGGGACAAUCGGAUGUCAGCAAGAUUCUGACUGGACCGCUUUCACCUUACACAAUACAGUUUUUGCGUCAUUUACGCGAUUUUUUUCAACUAAUGUUCAAGAUUGAGGCUCAGAAGCAACUGGAAGACGAGCAAAUUGGUGCUGAGAAAGUCCAGUUAACAUGCAUUGGUAUCGGAUUCUCAAACUUAAGUAAAACUAUCUUGUAAAUUGCGAUGCUAAUUAUUAUUACUGUAUUAUUAUUAAGUCAUUGCCUCAGAAUUUGAAGGCCUUGCAAGCACUGUUACUGCUUGAGGAACACCAUGGCUCGGAUAUAUGUCUUUUUGAUUUUAAUGACACGCAACAACAAAUACGAUAAUGUAAUAGAGAAAAAAACCCAUCAUAGAACACUAUUUCAAAGUGUCAUUCCCAAGACCAACCUAUACUAAAAGGUUUAAAUUAUGUACAGUACAAUUCAGGAGAUAUUUCUGUAAAGGUGAAGAUCCAAUUAUAAAUUAAAAUUUUGUUAAACA